AAGGUCGAGUAGUAGCACUGCUGUGCUGCUCCUUGACCUGUAAUGCGUUACCUCAGCCAUGGAGUAUCACCACAUGUUUAAAACGUGGUUCCGUUGCUAAAAUGCAAUUAAAAUGAGGGCGUGUCAAGUAGUUAGUACAGUGUGUAGGGUAGCUGUGUCAAUGAGGUUUAUUCUAAGUGUUUGCUAACAGACUUUAGCAUUACCAUACUGACUGAUUCGCUAGCUGACAGGAGUUAAUUACCAGUUACCAUGAGUUCCGCUCCAAAUCACGGUACCGUGAACGUCACGGAGACAGAGUCCAGCAAGCCCGUGUCUGCUGUUUCUUUAGCCGGACAUGUCAAGCAGGUCUUGGGCCAUGUGAAGAUAGAAAACCUGGUCGCAGGACUCAGUGGAGGUGUGGUGUCAACAAUGGUGCUUCACCCUCUGGACCUGGUCAAAAUCAGGUUUGCAGUGAGUGAUGGCUUGGAUUUGAGACCUAAGUACAGUGGCAUAAUGCACUGUAUGAAGAGUGUGUGGCAGCAGGAGGGACUACGAGGACUCUACCAAGGAGUGACACCCAAUAUUUGGGGUGCUGGAGCAUCUUGGGGUCUCUACUUCUUUUUCUACAAUGCAAUCAAAGGGUACACGAAGGAGGGCCGUCAAACGGAGCUGACUGCAACAGAACACCUGGUGUCUGCUGCCGAAGCAGGCAUCAUAACCCUCACCAUAACCAACCCGAUCUGGGUGACCAAGACCCGGCUGGUGCUGCAGUACAACGCUGACCCCAGCAGUAAACAGUACAAGGGGAUGGUAGAUGCUCUGAUCAAGAUCUACCGCUAUGAGGGAGUGGCAGGACUCUACAAGGGUUAUGUUCCUGGUCUGUUCGGAACAUCUCACGGAGCGCUGCAGUUCAUGGCCUACGAAGAGCUGAAGAGAGACUACAACAAAUACAGGAAAGCGCCUUCAGAUGCGAAGCUGAGCGCAUGGGAGUACAUCACAAUGGCAGCUUUAUCCAAAAUAUUUGCUGUGGCCACAACAUACCCGUAUCAGGUGGUGCGAGCCCGCCUGCAAGACCAGCACAACACAUACAAUGGAGUUAUUGAUGUCGUCAGACGGACAUGGAGGAACGAAGGCGCCAUCGGUUUCUACAAAGGCAUCAUCCCCAACGUGAUCCGUGUCACUCCUGCCUGCUGCAUCACCUUUGUGGUUUACGAGAAUGUUUCUCGCUACCUUCUGGGAAAAAGCUAAUAAGGCUCACAAUCAUGGCAUGGACAGCUUUAAAGACUCACACUGACUUUGGUGCCAUUCAUAAAAACAGAGAGGAACAAAUACGUCUGAAGGUGAUCUCACUGAAUAUGAAAAUAUUGUUUAACGGAUUCAACAUUGGAUUAUCAGAUGCAUGACAAGCUUUCACUUCUGGGCAAAUGAAGUAAGGAUUUUUUUACGAGAAGAGUUUGAUAAAUAUUUCAACAUGGUUAUGUUUACAUUUGGCAGAAGGAAAGGAUGACAUGUAAACAAGCUGAUGUGAAGUCUUCUCAGUGUUCCAGUUGCAUGUGUGUGUAAUAUUAGUUAUGUUGCUUUUAAAUUAUAUAUUUUUGUUCACACAGCAGCAGAUCAUUUUUGUUCCAAAAACACCAAUUCAAUCAUCCCAUAAUUCAUUUGUUUUCUGGCAAAACAUUGUAACUGCAUUUCUUUCUAACAUUUUACUAUAACAUCAAGAAUGCUUUAUCUGCAUUGUCAUGUAUAUGAAUACAGUAUAUAUAGUAAUUUCUUACUAUAUUGAAUAAAAGCAGAG